CAACUCUACACUCCACCAUCUUUAAUUAUUAUUAAGCCAAACUCUUCCUACGUUCAAGACUUGCUUGGCUUGUUGCCGCGACUCACAAUGCCUAUUCUCGAGCGGAUGCGGAGAAAGCUCCAACGUUCCAAGAGUGCCAAUCAUCCUUUGGAGGGUGGAGAUGACAACGGCGACGAUGAUGUUGUUCUCGCCACGAUUCCCCCAUCAUGGCCGCGCAAUCCUCUGACCUUAUCACCAUCUGAUGAACAGCUGGUGACAAAACUCGCAUUUGCUGAGGACACCAACUUGAACCCUAAUACCCCGCCGCUGGCAACACCAUCAGUUAAAACCGGUUAUUCGGAGAGGACGGUGUUAAACAAUGUCGAGUCUGGAAUUCUGUCCCUUCCGACUGAGAUGCUCAUGGCCUUGCUCCCAUAUCUCUGCCUUAGCGCCGAAGUCGCGUUGCGGCAGACCUGCUCGAGAUUUCUGCAUCUAUACAGCACUCAGUCAUUCCUUUUGACGGGGCAGGACCUUUUUGAGUUUCUUUGCAUGACUGAACGCGAUCAAGAUCCACAAGAGUUGGACAAGCUCGUCUGUGGUAGUUGCCGCGAGCUCCAUAUUCGCUCUACCUUUCCAUCUGCAGAGAUCAGGCAAGCGCCAGAUUUAAGAGAUUGUCGACAAGUCUGGCUAUGUGCACACCGAUAUCUAGGCUUUCAGAAGAGCAUCAACGCAAUCAAGGCCGGAGUAGAGGCACCAUUUCGUGUGGAAACUUUGGAGCCAUGCUCACGUUGCAGGAACUCGAUCCGAAAUCGGUCGGUAGCCGACAGGCCAGAAAAGGGUACAUCGUCAACGGAUUUGGAGCAUCCCAAGGCCGAGUCGCUUUUGAUUUCCAAAAUUGGUAUUUUGCAAGCCCCCUCUCCUUUGUACAAUGUUCGGACAACCGGGGGCAGUGGCAUGUACAAGGAAAUCUUCCAGGUAAAGUCGGUAUCGGCAGCCCUUCAGUCGAUCGAUUUCAGACUUUGUCCACAUCUCAAACUCGGCGACCCUUAUAUACUAAGCAAGUUUUGCCGAGCAUGUAUCAACACUCAGCGCUUACCCCCAGGAGUCAAAGGGCCACCCUGUAUUAAUGAGAACAAAAGAGAGUUUGUCGAAGUCAGAAACGCUCCGAAAUGCAAAGGUACAUGCUACACACGGGGUUGCAAAACACAGUUUAUGUUUCAGGCAAAAGAAAGUCUGUCUCCCGAUGCCUCGGGCAGGCGACAGGUUUGGCUCAUCAUUGUCAUUUAUCGCUGGUUGGGACCCCUGUUGACUGCUGGCCGAAAUUCUGCCUGGACCGACCAUUCUGUCAACCAUGUCGAACGCAAAGAGAUGCGUGCAAAAUGGGCAGCAUGGGACAAGUCAACUCGCAGCGUUCGACAGUGCAUGCCAAACUGGAGUAUAUGUCUUCUACAUCCAGAAGAUCCCAAUUUGCGUUGACGUGUCAGGUGGAAAUGAUGAAUGCUUAGAGCCAUAAUAUGUUCAAAGCCGCGGGAUGGAUCCGCCUUACUCAGCGGCUGAGCACAUGGUCGCCUGACCAACGCAUAUGAUGUAUAUAUAUCCAUAUAUAUCAA